AUGAGCGCCCCCGAAGUUCACCACCUCUUCCAUAACCCGAUCGCCGACCACUCCUUCUCGGCCGAUCAGUCUGUCCUUGCUGUCGCUCGCGAUACCAGUGUCGAGCUAUAUGGCAAGGUUGGCAAUGCCUUCAAGCUGAAGGACUCACUCAAGGGUCACGAUAAGACAGUCACUGGUGUUGACAUUGCUCCCAACAGUGGGCGCAUUGUUACAUGCUCCCAGGACCGUAACGCUCUUGUCUGGGAACCCUCUCCUGAGGGCUAUAAGCCAACUCUUGUCCUUCUACGAAUCAGCCGAGCCGCUACUUUCGUGCGCUGGUCUCCCUCCGAGAACAAGUUCGCCGUCGGAUCCGGUGACAGGGUCAUUGCUGUCUGCUACUUCGAGGAAGAGAACGACUGGUGGGUUUCUAAGCACCUGAAGAAGCCUAUCCGUAGUACCAUCACCAGUGUUGCCUGGCACCCCAACUCGGUUCUUCUGGCUGCUGGAUCUACCGAUGCUCACGCCCGCGUCUUUUCCGCCUUCAUUAAGGGCAUGGACUCUCGUCCCCCCCCUGGAGUCUGGGGUGAGCGACUCCCUUUCAACACUGUUUGUGGAGAGUACCUGAACAACUCGGCCGGAUGGGUGCACUCUGUCUCUUUCUCUCCCAGUGGAGAUAGCCUUGCGUUUGCUGCUCACGACAGCAGCAUCACUGUCGUUUACCCUUCUGGCCCUGAGCAACCUCCCCGUGCUGUUGUCACCGUCUCUACUCAGCAGCUUCCCUUCAAGAGUCUGAUUUGGACCAGUGAGGAUGAGAUCAUCGCUGCUGGCUACGACUGUGAGGCCUUCCGCUUCAAGGGUGGUGAGGGUGGCUGGCAGCUGGCUGGUCCUAUUGAGCAAAAGGGCCGUCCUGGCCUGGGAGAGCACCGUGAGGAGUCUGCUUUGAACAUGUUCAGGCAGAUGGAUCUCAAGGGCAAGACCAAGGAUGACACUCAGCUUCAAACUACCCACCAAAACACCAUUAGCACCGUAAGACCUUUUGAGAUUUCCGGUGACCGCGUCACAAAGUUUACCACAAGCGGCGUCGAUGGCAGAGUCGUUGUGUGGAAUGCUUAG